CACAACGGUGUUUCGCCUUCGUAAUUGUACUCGCGUGGUAACCUGGUAACUCUGUCAAGCUUGUGUCAAGCUGUCAAGUUGAUGUAGUAUGGAGCAUGUGGUGAAGACGUUACGUAUGGUUUUAUUAAGUUAAGCGUGCUGUCAUGAAAAGCGUCUUGUAAUUUAUUUGAAUCGGUAUUUUCGUACGCAGGAAUACGUGAGGGAUUUGUAAGUUUUGGAUUUGCGUAAAUAUUCAUCGACGUGCAACUUAUUGAAAGUUUGACAAGAUGAUGGAAGAUAUGCAAGAAGAGAGCCAAUUUGUGGUCGAUGAUGUAAGUAAGAUAAUUAAAGAAGCAAUUGAAGUAUCCAUCGGCGGUAAUGCUUAUCAACACAAUAAAGUAAAUCAGUGGACAUCGAAUGUUGUUGAAGCUUGCUUGGGAAAUCUUACAAAAUUACAAAAACCAUAUAAAUAUAUAGUUACCUGUGUCAUUAUGCAAAAGAACGGGGCUGGACUUCAUACUGCAAGCUCCUGCUUUUGGGAUAAUGCUACCGAUGGCAGUUGUACAGUACGUUGGGAAAAUAAGACAAUGUACUGUAUUGUUUCUGUAUUUGGUCUAGCAAUUUAAUUGAUUUUUUGUAUUUAGAAAGCUUCUGAUAAAAAUGAAAGAAAAAUACUAAAAUUCUGUUUAUUAUCUCGCAUAAAUGGUAGUAAUCAAGGUAUAGAAAAUACCCAAAUUUGUUUCAAGCAAUUGCUUUUUCCUUUCAACUAUUAUGUAUUCUUUAUAUAGCAAAUACAUUACAUUUUAAACACUAA